AUGGCUGAAAGUGCACCCACAGCGAAUCUGGCUGGGUUACCGGUUCGCAAUAUAGACCACAAUCCUUUACGGAUACUACAACGGUGCAGCGAAGAGGGAAGACCUGCUUUUAUAGCUGGACCCAUGGUGAGAUAUUCAAAGUUACCCUUCCGCGAGUUAGUGAGGGAUUAUAGUUGCGAUAUCGUAUACUCGCCAAUGAUUCUAGCACGUGAGUUUGUGAGAAAUGGCUUUGCGAGGGACAGCGAUUUCAGUACGAAUGAAAAAGAUAGGUCUCUGAUCGUUCAAAUAGGAACAAACAACACUGAAGACCUCUUGAGAAUGGUGGAGAUGAUACAUCCCUACGUGGACGGCAUUGGUCUAAAUUGCGGGUGUCCUAUCAAGGAGCAGAUCAGAGAGGGAAUAGGUGCUGCACUUAUGUCGCAACCAGACAAAGUUGCCGAAAUGGUGAAAGCAGUCAAACACGUUUACGGGGACAAGAUAUGUCUUGAGGUGAAGAUCAGAGUCCAUGCCGACGUUUCGGAGACUGUGGCAUUUGCGAAGAAGAUAGAGGCUGCUGGAGUGGACUUCAUCACAGUGCACGGUCGCACCAAAAAUACCCGUUCUUCUGAGGCUGCUGACUUUGACAAGAUCAAAGCAGUGAAAGAAGCGGUUUCCUGCCCUGUGGUGGCUAACGGAGACUGUCGUUCGCUGGAAGAUGCCAUCCGCAUCUCCAAGUACACUGGAUGCGAGGGUGUGAUGUCAGUUCGGGGUAUUCUGAGCAACCCUGCACUUUAUUCAGGAUUUGAAAAGACUCCGUGGGGAGCCGUUGAGAAGUUCUGGGAUCUUUCUACAGCCUAUGGUUUGCCAUUUAGAUUGGUUCAGCAUCACUUGAGCUGCAUGCUAGAUGGACAGCUACCUAGGAAGACGCAUAUUUUGAUGAACGAGCUGAAAAGUUUCGUUCAACUGAUUGAAUUUUUUGAUAAGACAUUUGACUUGAAGAGAAGGGGUGAUCCGGGGUUUGGAACAAGAGUUGCAGUUCCAUUUAGACAGGACAGGGAGAGUUCUGCCCAUAUUUAG